UGGGUUAAAGAGUUCCAUUUCGGGGCGGCAAAAGCGGCAUCUUUCCCGAUCGUCGAGUGUCGAUACCGAGGCGGAGAGAGGCGAUGGGGCUUCUCUCGAACAGUAUUUUGUUUUUGCUGAUGGAUCGCUUCCUUGGGGGCUUAUUAUGCCUCAAAAUUUAGGACCGGGAAGGAGAGUUUGAAGCCAGGAGAUCAUAUCUACUCGUGGCGGACUGCAUAUAUCUACGCCCACCACGGGCUGAAAUAUUUAUAAACUCCUGGAAUCUCAUUAAGCUGGAGCAAAUUGAGCCUCUGCUUUUAGCGGGUGUUCUUUGAAUCCAAGAAUGCACCAACCAUGUCCGAUGAGCAUAUAUGUGGGUGAUGAGAAGGUCAUCCACUUCACCAGAGGUCUCGGCCAAGAGGUGGGAACUGGAACUGUUCUAGAUGUUGUUCUCGCAAGUUCUGCGCCUAAACGAAACCUGACACCCUGCCCAAAGUGUGCCUAUCGAUCAUCGGAUUCCUGUGGAGUGAUCUCUUCUUGCCUGGACUGUUUCCUCGCUGGCGGAGUCCUCUAUCGUUUUGAGUACGGCGUCAAUCCUGCACUCUUUCUCGCUAAAGCUCGGGGCGGCACCUGCACCCUCGCGAAUUCUGAUCCAGACGAAAUGAUCAUCCACCGAGCUAACCACCUACUCAACAACGGCUUCAGAUGCUACAGCUUGUUCAAAAGCAACUGCGAGGACUUUGCCACCUAUUGCAAGACGGGUCUUCUUGUAGCCGAGCGAGGCGUCGUCGGACAAAGUGGACAGGCGAUAUCAGUAAUCGGCGGACCGCUUGCCGCUGUCCUCUCGACGCCAUUCCGUCUCAUCACGACUAACGUGUAUGGAAUGGCAGUGACCGCUGUCGGAGUCUACUGUGCUAGCCGGUAUGCUGCAGACAUCAGCAACCGCAUAGAUGUGGUAAGGAUUCCUGUCGAAGAACUCACAGCUGGGCUAGCAUCUGGAAGGGUUCAGGUGGUGGAGGGAAAUCAACUGGCUGCAGCAUCUCAUUGACCAAUAAGAAGGUUUCUGCUAACAACCAUUUUAGUUAUCAAGCAGUCCUUUGAGACAUCCCAUAAAAUUGCAACGAUAUGUUGUAUGAAUUUGCAGUAUCACAUAUUCAAGUUUGAUGUUAUGCUUCAACAAUCACACAUUUCUUGUAAUUAUAUUUUGCUAUCAAACAGUUCAAACUUACCAA